AUGAGUUCCCCUUCCAGACCACCUCUCAUGACUCCCGAGGCACUCAACGAAACCGUCAUUUUAUAUGUUGGAUCCCAGAGAAAGAAAGGUUUUGAAGAGGCAGCCAGCGGAGAAAUAUACCUUCCUGAAGAUGAUCCUGCUACCUGUGCUGAUCUUAUCGAAUAUUUCUAUCGUGGUACCCUUCCACAUGCCGACAAAACCACCACUCGUCCCAUGCAAGAACUUUACUGUCUAGCAGAGAAAAUUUGUAUGCCAACAUUGAUGGACAAACUCAUGGACGCAAUUAUGGUAGUUCAUAAGGAGAAAAAUAAUUUUGGUUUUGGUGCAGAUCGGACUUAA